AUGGUGGGGGGGGACGAGGCGGCGGCGUUUCGCACGCACCUCGCUGCAUUUGCGUUUGAAGAGCUGAAAGAGGGAGGAGGAGAAGCAAAAGAGACGAAUAUCAAAAAAAAAAAGGUGCCGGGGGACCGCCUCAAGGAGCUGGUCGAUGCGCAUAUCGCGCAGGAGCUGCACGCGGAGCGCACGCAGUGGCUCGCCGCACAAGGCCGGCGCACGCUCAUGGAGCGCAUGCAGCCGAGUGCACAGCCAGCGCCCCGCUGGAAUAGACUCGCGAACGCGCUGCCACCCGGCGCGUGGCCGGUCCCACUCCGCACGGCAGCUGCCGGGCACGAAGCGGCGCGCGCCGCAAGCGACGUGCUGCUCCCCCGCCUGCAGACGCCGAGCCGUGCGCCUCGAGUUGCGCGACGCAUGCGACACGCACCGAUGUACGAUGCCGCGUACUUGUCGCACACCCGCGUGCUCCGUACGCUGCUUGCCACGCUCGAUGCGCCGCCGCCCCGGCGGCGCAGUGCCGUGGUGCCUGCUGUCCCGGAUGCGUACGUUGCGACGAGUGACGACGAAGAGGAUGCGUACGUCGCGACGAGCGAUGCCGACGAAGGCGGCGAGGUGCGCCUGCCGCGGCGCGCGUAA